GCCGCCAGCACCGGGGCGCUCGCGGUGGCCUUCCUGGAGUCGGUGGUGCGGCCACUGCUGACUCAGCCCCCGCAGUUCUACUGCCCAGGUGCGGGCGAGCCCUGGCCCGAGUGCCCGUCCUGCUUGCCGUGCCCCCCUUGCGAGGCGGCGGCGGAGCCGGCCUUCUUGCUGGCAGAGAGCACGGGCGCCCUGAACGAGCGCGACGCGCCCGAAUCGCCGUUCGACUGGGGGGGCGUGGUGGGCGGCGUCGCCAGCGUGCUGAACCUGUUCGCCUUCGCCUGCUCUCGCGUGGCCGAGGAGUUCUGGUUCCGCCUGGUGCCGGGGGAGCUGUACUUGGCGUGGUUCGAGGACGACACGGUGUGGCACGAGAGGAUGUGCUUCUGGCCGACCGCUCAGGAGGCCAAGUGGAUGAUCCUGACGCCCGACGGGCACGUGUAUGGUGAGAGCGUGCGAGGCUGUGAGGAAGGGCCCGCGCGUACGAGGGCCAUGAGGGGCGGCCAGCUGCCGGCUCGCCUGCGCGCGCCAGUGUACAGGUUCAAGGAGUACCCCGGCACGCAUGAGCUGCGGGCGCUGGUCGCAGAGGCGCGCGAGGAGGCCGUCUCCGACGCCAGCGUCCGUGGGCUGCCCGCUGUGGAGGAGUACGUCAGCCCGAGCGGGCGCCGGCGGCCGAUCGGCGCUCUGUUCGGCGAGGCGGCUGUCGCCGGUCCCCCACCAUGGGAGGCCGUGGUCGACGAGCCGGCGGCAACGCCCGCUGGCGUCGAGUUGGGGCUCGCCACGACCGCGCCUCCAGCGGGCCUCGAGUGGACGGUCGUGGACCUGUCGGGCGGCUGGGACAGCCUGGGCGAGGUGGUGACGCUCGAGGCCGGCGACCUGGUGCUGACGUCGGGGGGCCUGCGCGAGGGUCUCAAGCGCGACGGUGUCGGCUGGACGAAUGUGCAGGCGUUGUCCGGCCAGGGGCGGGAGGCCCUUCGGGCCCGGCGUGGCGCCGCUGGCCCACCGCUCCCUCCGCCAGCAGGGGCGCCGCCCGAGGGGACGGCCGGUGAGGCCGAGGCCGCCGCUGGGACGGCCACGCCCCGGUCGGCAGGCGGGCUGGACGAGCUGAGGGACAGGCUGAACGGGCCCGCGAAGACCGACAGCAAGGAGGGCGGCGGCGAGCUGGACGUGCGCACCCUCGCCGUGGACUUCGACGCGCAGGGAAAGCGGUUCAAGGCGUGGCGGGAGGUGGUGGCCGAGAUGAUGCGGAGUCCGUUCUCGGAUUGGCCGCUCGACACGCCGCCGACGGUGAUCCACUUCUGUGCCCACAUGGAGCGGACGGGCCGGGUCCCGUCGGGCUGGCUUGACAAGUGGGCGCAGAGCACGAGCAUCGCGGUCACUGACCGCGUCUACUACGAGUUGAAGACGACCAUUGAUGCGCUGGAGUACACUGGUUGCUAUGACCAGACCAAUUUGGGAUCGCUGGUGUUCGCUGAGCUCCUGUGUUUGCGGGUGCAGGCGAUUGUGGACGCCUACGAGAAUAACCCGAGCAAGCCGAGCUUCGAGAACGCGAAGUACUUCUCGGGGCUCAAGAGCUUGUCGGACGCAGUGUGCCCAGACCUGAAGAGCUUCGCGGCUCGGAAGGCCAAGGAAGAGACGGAGGUAGAGAAGCAGCGGCAGAAGGUCAGGGAGGUCCGAGGCAAGGCCGACGGGAAGGGCGACAAGACUGGAGCCGCUGGCAACAAUAAUUAG